AUGAACCAUCUUCCGCAAGCUUGGGGACGUCCCAGAGACGAUAUCUACGGUGCCUACGACAGUUCAUACCUUCAAAGCCAUGGACCAAACCAACACACCCAACAGCCGAUUGUCACCGGUACCUCAGUAGUGGCUCUUAAGUUCAAGGAUGGUGUAAUUAUCGCCGCCGAUAACUUGGCUUCCUAUGGUUCCCUUGCCCGUUUCACUGAUGUGAAGCGCCUUCGAACAUUUGCCGAUACCUCAGUUGUUGGAUUUGGUGGGGACGUCUCAGAUAUGCAAUACCUAGACCGACUCCUCACCUCUCUCGACACCGAAGAAGCCUACAGCUCGUCUGGACAUACACUCAACGCCCAUAACCUUCACACCUACCUAUCCAAAGUCUUCUACAAGCGCCGAUCAGACUUCAACCCAUUAUGGAACCAGAUUCUUGUUGCUGGACUGGAUGGAGAGAGCAAGCCGUUCCUGGCAAGCGCAGAUCUACUUGGCACAACUUUCAGUUCGCCCAGUUUGGCCACUGGAUUUGGUGCGCAUUUAGCACAGCCACUCUUGAGAAAGGUUGCCCCUGAUGAGGAAGCUGCUGCUAAGCUGUCAAAGGAGCAAGCUUUGGAGGCGGUGAAAGAGAGCAUGAAGGUUUUGUUCUAUAGAGAUGCGAGAAGUUUGGACAACUAUUCUAUUGCCGUGAUCACCAAGGAUGGCAUUGAUCUAAAGGAGAAUGAGAAGUUGGAGAAGCAGAGUUGGGCGUUUGCGGAUCAAAUCAGGGGAUACGGAACGCAAAUCAAUUAA